AUGGACCCGGCCCAGGGAGCCGGCGGGCGACGCGGUGUCCUCAUCCAUGGUGCAUGUAUAAAUAGGUUCCUCCCCCGUCGACUCUGCACGCCUUAUCACCACACAACCCCAUACACACACGGUUCCUCAGAUUACGACUACGAUCGAGGAAGAGGAAGAAGAUACAAUAUGGCCCUGGGAGACGACUCUCCGGCCUCCUACAUCCGCAUGGUUCACCAUCUGAUAGAGAAGUGCAUGACGUUCGGGAUGAGCAUGGAGGAGUGCAUGGAGGCGCUGUCCAAGCGCGCCGACGUUCAGCCGGUCGUCACCUCCACAGUAUGGAAAGAGCUGGAGAAGGAGAACAAGGAGUUCUUCGACAGAUACAACAAGCAGUUGAGAUCAGAAAAGGGAGGCCGAAGCAGCUGCAGCAGCAGCAGCGACAGCAGCUCCUAA